CCCUGUCCGCCAUAUUGCCUCCCUCAAAACAUUGCGCUCACAAGACAGCGUCAUUGUUUUGACAACGUUACAGCUGUGCCAUCUUCUGGUGAUAUUGGUGACCACAACAAUGCCAGCCUGUGCAGCACUUAAGUGCACUAAUCGUGAUGACAGAGCAACAAGAGCAAAGGGUAUAACUUUCCACCUUUUUCCACAUAGCGAGCCAGAAAGGCUUAGCAAGUGGGUUGCUAACAUGAAGAGAGCAAAACUUGAAGAUACGAAGACCAGAUGGGUCCCGUCGUCUCGGUCUCAUCUAUGUUCUCAGCACUUUGAAGAAAAGUAUUUUGACAGAACUGGUCAGACAGUGAGGUUAAGACAUGGUGCUGAACCAACAAUAUUUGCUUUUCCCAAGAAAAAGAAGUCUAAACGGCGUAAACCUUGUGCACCCACAACCAGAGAAACUCCAGCUCCUGCAGCUGAGCCGCCAGCUCCUCCACAGACAAUGACAGUUGUUCAGCAAUGCACUGUUGGAGAUCAUACUUAUGCAAUACUGGAGUCAGCAAAGAAGAUCAAAACAAAGAUGGAACACGUCAUAGACGAGCUAGAAGCCUGUAAGAAGAAGCUGAAGGUGGAGCAGCAAAAGACACGACGCCUGACAAUAAAAGUUUCAAGCUUGAUUUCAGUCAUAGAGUCUUUGUGUGAUCAGAACAUAAUAUCAGUGAACUGUGCAGAGCUGCUGGAGUCUUUGAGCGGAAUCCAACCUGCAGAUGGAACAGAGCCAGAAACAGAGCCAGACCUGCUCGUGAGUAGCGGUUAUAGCGUACUGGCCCUUUAAAUCGCGCUGCGCUUUGCGCAUGGGCACUGCGCAAUACAGCUCAGGCUGAGGAGG